UCCGUGUUUAGGGAGUCAACAAACAAAAUUUCCCAGUGAAUCCUUUUGUCACCAAAAGAAAAGUUUGCUGUUUGAUCCUCUUCAGCAGGGCCGUUAUCGUUUUAUGUCUUAUUUUUUAAACUUUUAGAAAUGAGUGAUCUCUUCAAAUCAGCAUUCGAUUAUUUCAGCGGACCUACUAAUAAUAUACACAGUGAGAAUAGUUUUGUUGGGCAACUCAUUGAAAUCUCAAAUGUGAAGCUGAAAAUCAAAAAAGUUAUUGCUGAAGGUGGAUUUGCGGUUGUUUUUGUUGCACAGGAUAUCUCUACAGACAGGGAAUAUGCAUUGAAGAGAUUAUUAGCCGCUGAUGAAGAAAGUAAAAGGAAUAUCAUACAAGAAAUCAAUAUAUUAAAAAAAUUGGCUGGCCACCCACAUAUUAUUCAAUACCUAACUGCUUCCCUCAUUGACAAAUCUCAGACUCAACAUGGCCAAACAGAAUUUUUAGUUGUGACUGAACUUUGCACAGGGGGUUCUUUGGUAGAUAUUCUAAAAGUUAGAACUUCGGCCUUUGAUAUUGAAACAAUCGUUAAAAUAUUCUAUCAAACAUGUUUAGCUGUUUCUCAUAUGCAUUCUCAACAACCUAAAAUCAUUCAUAGGGACCUGAAGAUAGAUAAUUUACUUUUAAAUGCAGAUGGCUUCAUAAAGUUAUGUGAUUUUGGAUCUGCUACUUCUGAAAUAUUUAGUCCAGAUAUAAGUUGGUCUGCAAAUCAACAUUCAAGUCUUGAAGAAAAUCUUGCAAGAUUCACAACUCCUAUGUAUCGAGCUCCAGAGAUGGUAGAUACAUGGAGUAACUUCAUAGUAGGACCUGCUGUUGACAUUUGGGCACUGGGUUGUAUUUUGUACACCCUCUGCUUUAUGCGACAUCCAUUUGAGGAUGCAGCCAAACUGCGAAUUUUAAAUGCUAACUAUACUAUACCCCAGGAUCCCAAGUUUUCUUGUUUCCAUGAGAUAAUUCGUGGGUGCUUUCAAGCCAAUCCUCUUCAGAGGCUUACAAUAACUGAUCUAUUAGAGCGUAUAGCAGCAAUAGCAGAAUCCAAUGGAUUCAACCCUAAGACUCCUUUGAAAAUACCUAGUAAUAAUGUGAUUAAAGAGGAUGCGAGUGAAGGAAGCAAUGGUGUAAGACCUCAACCACCUGCCAGACCUGCGAUGCCAAUUGAUCGAAAGGAUUUAAAAUCGUCUCCUAGCAAUCAACCGCCUAGACCCCCACAACCUUCGAUCCCUCAAAGGCCUGAUCGUCCACCCCCAGUGAUACCUCAACAGAGGCCCGUGGAUAGUAAACAGACAAGUCUUUUUUCUUCUAUUAGGGGAGGAGCAGGUAGUUUCUUCAAAAAUUUGAAAGACACGAGCACCAAAGUGAUGGCAACUGUGCAACAGACGAUGGGCAGAACAGACUUGGAUAUCAGUUAUAUCACAUCUAGGAUACUGGUGAUGCCUUACCCCUCUGAAGGCUUGGAAUCAGCAUAUCGAACUAAUUACGUUGAAGAUGUCAAAGUUUUCUUGGAUACAAGGCACCCUAACAACAAAUACUCCAUAUAUAAUUUGUCUGGUCGUACUUAUCACGCCAAAUUCGACAACACAAGAGUUAUAAACUGCAAGUUCGCAUAUCCUGAAAAUUUCAAAGCGCCCUUACUAAAUUCUCUUUACCAAUUAUCCGAAGACAUUUACCAAUACUUAGCAGGCGAUAGUAGAAACGUUGUGGUGAUACAUUGCACAGAUGGUAAAGCCGCUUCUGCUACUUUAGUGUGUGGUCUUUUGUUAUACUCUGGAGUCUGCGAGAUCCCAGAGGAUGCUUUGCAAAUGUUUGCUGUGAAACGAAUGCCCCCAAAUUUGCGUCCAUCCGAUCUUAGAUAUUUGUAUUAUCUAUCAGAAAUUGUGAAGAAUCCACCAAAUUAUCCACACUACAAGCCUCUAACAUUGAUAUCUUUGCAAAUGCAGCCCAUACCUGCGUUCACCAAAGUUAGAGACGGCUGCAGGCCAUAUUUGGAAGUAUACAGUGAGAAUCGUUGUAUUUUCUCAACAAUGCAAGAUUAUGAACAAAUGAGGGUAUACAAUAUUACCGAAGGAAAAUGCUUUUUGAAUAUUAAUGCUACAGUUUGUGGGGAUGUUUGUAUUGUGAUAUACCAUGCAAGAAAUAUAUUAGGAGGUGUUAUGACUCAGGGAAAAGCCACUGGUAUCAAAAUAUGUCAGAUGCAAUUGCAUACUGGGUUUGUUCCAGAAGAAGAAACAACUAUAACAUUCACAAAAUCUGACCUUGAUGAUGUCAAUGAUUCGUCAGAUCACUUCCAAGAAUCUUUCAAAGUAGUACUUAGUGUUUUCGUGGCCGACACUGAAAGGAAACUUUCCCAACCUGCUCCAUGGCUUACCGAUAAAACUAAUAGAACACCAGACACAAUGUUCAGUACAAAGUUAGAAAAGGAUGAGGCGAUAGACAAUUUCGUGAGUAAACCUUCAAAGACAAAUGAAACGGUGCCAGAAAGACCCCCUAGGCCUACUCCACCUCAAAGACCUGCUCCGCCUUCCCCUAGGCCGCAGCAUAUCAUCAAUGAUUACUCUUACAAAGAUUCCAGUGAUUCAGAUGGGGAAGCUACUCAAUUUCAGCCGCUGCACAGAGAUGGGAGAAGCAUAGAGGAAACAGUGGACCUGCUCAAUUUGAAUGCCACGCCCCCAAAACCGGCGGGCCAGCCUACUCGGCAACCCCCUAGCUCAGGUUUCGAUCUGUUGGCGGAUUUGAGUGGGAGUACCAAUUCGGAUAAUAGUUUCGGAGAUUUCAGCUCUUGCCCAUUACCGAAGGAACCUGCCAGCGUCAAUCCUGCUGGUAUUCAGAGUAAUGUAGAUAAUUUAUUCGACCCAUUCGGAGCGCCAGCUGGUAACGGGGGUUUAUUAGGUGGCUGGAAUAAUUUCCCCCAAGUUCCAGUCAAUAAUAAGGUCGAUAUGGAACCAACAAACUUCUUCACAGGAUUAGGGAACAUUGGAGAAAUGUACAAAAACCAACCGCAGGCCCCCCAAAUAAAUCAACCAUUCGUUCAAACUAAAUCCCCAAUGGACACUUCCCCACAUCAUAUACCCCAUUCCGCAUCACAACAGAUACCAGUGACUACCUCUGGGCCAGCAAAAAACCCCUUACGUACUCCCAGCCCAGGUCAUACUCCAUUGGCUAAAUCUCCAGCUGACGCCAGGCCCGACUACAGUAGGUCCCACUUUGAGCCCCUCAACAAAACUGGCGUCCCUAAUGAGGAAAAGGCGAAACCGAAAACUGAAGAUAUCUUUGGCGAUUUACUUGGGUCUCAAGGUUACAAGUUCACCCAGAAAAGGGACAAUACCCCUAGGUCCAUAAAUGAGAUGAGAAAGGAGGAACUGGCCACUACUAUGGAUCCGGAAAAAUUGAAAAUAUUGGAUUGGACUGAAGGAAAGAAGGGGAACAUUAGAGCUUUAUUGUGUUCUCUACACACAGUAUUAUGGGAAGGUGCAAAAUGGAAUAAAUGUGAUAUGCAUCAGUUGGUGACUGCUGCAGAUGUUAAGAAAGCUUAUAGAAGAGCCUGCUUAGCUGUUCACCCAGAUAAGCAAACUGGUACAGAAAAUGAGAAUCUGGCCAAGUUAAUCUUCAUGGAACUGAAUAAUGCUUGGAGCGAUUUUGAAAGCAGCGGAUCCCAGCAACAAAACAUCUUUAGUAGUUGAAAAACUUAACACUUAAGAAAACUAGAAAAUCUUACAUUCCUCUCAUAAUCUUCAGAUUGUUAUUCGAAUUGAUAUUAAUGCUAUCAUUAAGAAAAAAUAGAUUUAUUUUAAAUUAUUUAACUAUAGUUAGAGAAGCAACUGAAUAUCACUCGAGUUUUAGAUUAUAAUGAAAUUUUGGAAGACUUUUUAAUCAAGUUGAUUUAUUCAUAUUUUGAAAUUUUAUUCAUGUUUUGUAUAGAUAUAUUUUUAUAUGAAUAUGUUACAGGAAAAAUGUUGGGCAUUCGCCAUGUUUUUCUUGAGGCUGAAUGACAAAGUUAUCAUGUCCUGCCAUUUAGUUCCUUUCUAUUUAUUUUAACUAUUCAAAGGCUAAGUGCAAGUUCCAUUUUACUUUAUGAUUCUCAAUGUUGAACACUUUUUGGUUGAAGUGUUGGUUGAAAAAUGUGUCACAAUAAACAGUUCCCAGAG